GAGAAGCCAAGGGUAGGAAGGAGCCCUCAUUGAUCGGGGCAGUCACUGACUACAUACAGCUUCCUGAUCAGUGCAGUGUGAGCACGAGCUUGAGGCCAGAGAUGUCCAACUCCAGCCAGUCCAACGCCUCCCUCGGGAACCUCACAGGGACCUUCCUCACGGGGGGCGGGGGACCAUACCAGGCAAUGGAGGUGGUUUUCAUCGCAGUGGUGGCUGGCUCACUCAGUCUGGUGACCAUCAUCGGAAACAUCUUGGUGAUGGUUUCAAUCAAAACCAACCGGCAUUUACAAACCAUCAACAACUAUUUCCUGUUCAGUCUGGCAUGUGCCGACCUCAUCAUUGGGGUUUUCUCCAUGAACUUAUACACUGUCUAUAUCGUCAUUGGUUACUGGCCAUUGGGACCCGUGGUGUGUGACCUUUGGCUGGCUCUGGACUAUGUGGUCAGCAAUGCCUCCGUCAUGAACCUCCUGAUCAUCAGCUUUGAUCGUUAUUUCUGUGUGACCAAACCCCUCAGUUACCCCAUCAGAAGGACCAUUAAGAUGGCGGGCAUAAUGAUUGCAGUGGCCUGGGUUUUGUCCUUUGUGCUCUGGGCACCCGCCAUCCUCUUCUGGCAGUUCAUCGUGGGUGGCCGCACUGUCCGGGCUGGAGAGUGCUAUGUUCAGUUCUUCUCCAAUCCAACUGUGACCUUCGGCACUGCCAUCGCCGCCUUCUACCUCCCCGUGGCCAUCAUGACUGGCUUGUAUGUCCACAUCUCUCGAGCCAGCAGGAGCCGCGUCUACAAGGGCAGGAAGGAGCCCAUGGCCUUGGCUGGCCCGGCCCAGGGAGAGCAGGCCAACUGCACCAGCAACGAGAGGGCAAUGCAGAAUGGCAAGGGCGAUGUGAGCUGUGAGCAGCAGGAGGAAAAAGAGGCCUCCAAUUCCUCGAACUCUCUCAGCGUUCUCCCCUCAAACCCACCAGAGGGGAGAUGCAAGUCGGGACCCAGCCCCAACAGGAUGGCCAGCUCCAGACUCUCCUGCAUUAAGAUGAUUACCAAACCUCCCAAGGACAGUUACUCACCAUCCACCACCGCAGUUGCCGGGAACCAUACAGCCGCAGUAGAGAUCCUGUCCAGCCAGUGUGAGAGCAGGGCUGCUCACCAGGUCAUCCAACUCACCAAGGUGCCCACCAAGAAGCGGGGUUGCGCAACACGGGAAAGGAAGGUGACGCGGACCAUCCUGGCCAUCCUGCUGGCCUUCAUUGUAACCUGGACCCCCUACAAUGUCAUGGUCCUCAUCAACACUUUCUGCUCCAGUUGUGUUCCCAACACAGCAUGGACCAUCGGCUAUUGGCUCUGCUACAUCAACAGCACCAUCAACCCUGCUUGCUACGCUCUGUGUAACACCACCUUCAAGAAGACCUUCAGACACCUGCUCCUGUGCCAGUACCGAAGUAUCAGCUCAGCCAGAUAGUCAGCCUUGUUCUGCU